UACUACACAAAAGCAAGAAUACAAAAUCAAAGAAAGUCUUAAAAAUUGUCAUUUUGUGGGUAAAAUAAAAAUUAAAAAAAGAAUCAAUAAUAAUAAUAAACCCACCACCAAAUAUCUCCACUCUUUAUCUCUCUUCUUCUUCUUCAUCUUCUUCUUCCCCUAAAGAUUCCAUUUUUUUUCCUCUCUUUUUAAAGGUCUCCUCUCUCUCUCUGCACACAAAACACAAACAUAUCUUGUGUUAAAGACUUCACCUUUUUCUUUAUUUUCGAUUGUGCACGAAUCAGAAUUUUCUCGGGAAAUUAAGUUAACAAAAAAUAAAAUGCAGGAUCUGACGUCAGCGGCAGCUUUUUACCACCAAACGAUGAUGAUGACGACGGCGAAACAGAACCAACCAGAGUUGCCAGAACAAGAACAGCUAAAGUGUCCUCGCUGCGACUCGCCCAACACUAAAUUCUGUUACUACAACAACUACAAUCUGUCGCAGCCACGUCACUUUUGCAAAAACUGUCGCCGCUAUUGGACCAAAGGCGGCGCUCUCCGUAACAUCCCCGUCGGCGGUGGAUCUCGUAAGAACAACAAACGUUCCGCGUCAUCAUCAUCAUCGUCGAGUAACCCCAAGAAUCAAAUUCAAACCGUCGCUGCUGAGAAACCUCAUGAUCAUCAUCACUCCGGGUCCGGGUCAAAACAAGGGGAAGAGCGGGUUACGGGUCAACAAACGGAUCCUACCCGAAUGUUAUACGGGUUACCCGUUGGAGGAGAUACGAACGGUGGGAGUUUCAGUUCGCUCUUGGCUUCGAAUAUGCAAAUGGGUGGGCUUGUUUACGAACCCGGAUCGCGCUGGUUUCCGGGUAUGGAUUUGGGUUUGGGUUCGGGUCUACGGAGAAACGACGACACGUGGACUGAUUUAGCUAUGAACAGAGUGGAGAAGAAUUGAAGAAGAAAAGGGUAAUUCGGUAAAUGCAUUUAGAUAUCUUUUUUUUUUUUAGUCAUCUCUUAGUCAAAAUAUAACAACAAAUGAUGUCGGUCCAUUUACUGCUACAGUCUUUGCCACUUUUUUUUCCCCCCAUGAUUUGGCUUUAGUGAGUGUUAUAUAAUUACUAAUAUUUAUUGGAAUUAUUAUAGACUGAUACUGAAAUAUAUUUUCGAUAUGUAUUUGUGAAUCUGAGCUUUUUAUUUUUUUUGCACAAAGUUAAGAUA